AUGCAGCCUGACAUGAUUCGUAUCGACAGACCAGGGCAAUUCGUGUUGCCGCGGAGUUCGUUUGUGAUUACUGCGGAAUACGUUGAGGCGCGCUGCACCAUUGGUCUGCCUGCAAGGGGGAGGCGAAUCGAGGGAAGGAGAGCAGCGAGUCUCCUUUGCAGCAAAUUACCUGAGUUGGUUCGUCACGUCAUGUGCUACAGCAGCCUAAACCCUGCCGCAGUGCAGCAGCAUGUGGAGUGCGUUGAAGACCAAGACGCUCUCCGCUCCCAACUGCGAGAGCGUAAUCUGACGUCUUUUGUUGCAAACGGCUCCUGUUUGCCCCGCCGAAGCGGCGUCGAUGAUGCGCCAAUGACAAAGGAGCAAGAACCCAAUUUGGUUUUGUUUAAGUCGCCAGAGGAUUUGGAGUGCGAAUUCAUCCUCCCUAAUGCUGGAGCAGCUUCUACGGGGGAACUUGCUCUUGCGUUGACUGUAGUAAGAGGCAUGGGGAUUCCGAGGGGUAUUACUUUAAUUGUGGGCGGCGGAUUCCACGGAAAGUCGACAAUGCUGGAGGCGUUGCAAGUUGGGGUGUACAACAAAAUACCAGGAGACGGCAGGGAAUUUGUUAUCACGGAACCCAAUGCGGUUAAGAUAAGGGCAGAAGACGGACGAGUCGUCACUUCAGUGGACAUAUCGCCUUUUAUCAGCAACUUGCCCUUUGGAAAGAGCACCAGUUCAUUUUCUUCUCAAGAUGCGUCGGGGAGUACAUCACAGGCCGCCAACAUAAUGGAGGCUCUCGAGUUCGGCGCAACCGCUUUGCUUAUUGACGAAGAUACUUGUGCAACCAACUUCAUGAUUAGAGACGCAAGGAUGCAGGCCCUCGUGGCUAAGGAGAAGGAGCCCAUAACGCCUUUCUUGUUCAGAGUGAAGCGCCUGUACACAGAACUGGGGAUAUCUACUGUGAUGGUUAUUGGCGGAAGCGGAGAUUUCUUCGAGGUCGCCGAUAUCGUCCUUCAGUUCGACAAGUACGAAGCGUUCAACGUGACGAAAAGGGCGAAAGAAAUCGCGUGCAAAUUCUCAAGCAGCAGCACAGCCACAGUUCAGCUGCAGACGCCUCUCAGCCACGCGAAUGUACCAUUUGGAUCAGUUCGUCAACGAGCAGUUGCUGCGCGUGAGUGCUUCUCUAGGAAGUCUGAAAACGAUGAUAGAGACACAGUACCAAAUGAUCCUUCGAGGAGGUUCUUCUUUACGUGCGCAGGAGGCGUCAAGUAUCCUCUACUGGAUUGCCUGAGCACGUGGAAUCACCCAGUGGGCGACCUGGCUCUUCCCCGAGAACUUGAAAUUGGAUUUGCAAUAAGCCGACUGCGAGGCUUGCGAGUGCGGGAUGCCAGUACUUGA